AGCAGAGGACUUGCCGGAGCUGCAGAACAAUAUUUCGGACUAACUUUGAACAAAACCCACUAAAUUAAUUUCUUAUAUGGCUACAUUUCUUAAGAAGUGGGUUUUUUAUUUCGACUUCGACGAUUUUGUUAUCAGACUUUUUUUUAUCUGUUCACGCGAAGUUAUUAGCAGUUGAAAGCAUAGCUCGUGAAUAGCCUAUUCUCGCUAAUAGCCUAGCCGAUAUCUACAUUUAAUAAUGUUAUCGUGUUGUUCAACUAUCAUUCAACGCUGAUUUCAAGGAGAAUGUGUAUAGAUUUAUUGGGAUUUGGUCGUCCAGAAGACGGAGCAGGCAUGGAAUUCCUAUGGCUGCAUGUGCUAGUCUGGAAAGUGAAAGUUUUCGCCUCCGUAUGCAGAGCGUGUGUCAUUGCUGUGACUGGAUCCGACACCACUACGGACACUUGAGCGCAGAAUACCUUUCCCUGCUGGACCAGAUGGGAGGAGAUAUCACAAAGCAGAAUGCCCCUGUCUUUUUCCCAACAUCACUUUACAGACACAUAGAUGAAGCUGAGUUUGAGGACAAAGUCAGGUUCCUGAACCAGACCAUCUAUGAAAUCACAAAACUGUUUGAUGGGAAUAUGAAUGCUGUCACCUGGGACAAGAAAAACCUGGAUGAUUUUCUCAACAUUCUUGAAAGACAAUUUGAGAACCUUAAUUCCUGU